CUCUAAAUAGAUCGUAUUGUAAUCUUUUCUCAGUCCAACGUGGUUUCUUCUGAGAGACUGCUUCACAUUUUCUACACUUGUUUGUUUUAUGAGAAGUUGGCCAGAGUGAUGAACUCAGACCAGGAAAGGCCGUUCGUGUGCAACGCUCCUGGCUGUUCUCAGCGAUUCCCCACGGAGGACCAUCUGAUGAUACAUCGACACAAACAUGAGAUGACCCUUAAGUUCCCCUCCAUAAAGAACGACAACAUGUUAUCAGACCAGACGCCCACACCAACACGCUUCCUGAAGAACUGUGAGGAGGUGGGAUUGUUCAGUGAGCUGGAUUGCUCCAUUGAGCAGGAGUUUUGCAAAGCCCAGGAAGAGGAGGACAGUAAACAGAACAUCUCACUGCACGGCCAAGGAGGCCAAGGCCAGCACCAGCAGUCCCACUCACGGAUGGGCAACCACGACACCAGCAUAGUGAUCCAGCAGGCGCUGCCAUCGCCUCAGUCCAGCUCCGUCAUCACUCAGGCUCCAUCCACAAACAGACAGAUAGGGCCUGUCCCCGGCUCUCUGUCCUCACUACUGCACCUACGAAACAGACAGAGACAGCCACUACCAGCCUCCAUGCCUGGAACCCUGCCAGACCCCACCAUGCCCGGCUCCUCGGCCGUGCUGAUGCCUAUGGAGCGACAAAUGUCCAUGGGCUCCAAUAUGAUGGGCAUGCAAAGCCCCGCCCACAGCAGCUCCUGCUCCUCCACUCACAUUCCCUCCAUGCACUCAGAGGCCAAACUGAGGCUGAAGGCUGCACUUUCACACCACCCCGGUGCCAUCGCCAACGGCAACAUGAACUCCAUGGGCCACAUGAUGGAGAUGAUGUCAUCGCGGCAGGAGCAAAGCGCCCACCAUCACAUGCACUCGCACCCGCACCAGCACCUGCAAGCCCCGCCCCACGCGUACCAGCACCACGGACACCACCACCACGGCCAGGGCCACGGCCAGGGCGGACACCACCACCCGCAGGGUCACAACCACCACCACAACUCCCACAAUCCGCACCUGCAUCCCGGACACCCGCACCAGACCUCGCCGCACCAUCCAAUGCACUCGGCCUCACAGAUGUCACCUGCAACCCAGCAGAUGCAGCCCACGCAGACGUUGCAGUCUCCGCCACCCAGCGGCGGGCGACGCAGGCGGGUGGUGGACGAGGAUCCGGACGAACGCCGGCGGAAGUUUCUGGAGCGAAACAGAGCAGCGGCGACGAGAUGCAGACAGAAGAGAAAAGUGUGGGUGAUGUCGUUAGAGAAGAAAGCUGAAGAGCUCACUCAGACCAACAUGCAGCUUCAGAACGAAGUGACCAUGCUAAAGAAUGAGGUGACCCAACUCAAGCAGCUUCUCCUCACACACAAGGACUGUCCCAUCACCACUAUGCAGAAAGAGUCCCAAGGUUACCUCAGUCCAGAGAGCAGUCCGGCAGGCAGUCCAGCCCCAGCAUGCUCCCAGCAGCAGGUCAUCCAGCACAACACCAUCACCACCUCCACCACGACCGUAGGGGGCAGCAGCGUGCACGGCCAGGCCAACCACCGCACAGACAUUAACCCCAUCCACUAGGGAGGAGAAAGACUAUAUAACCUCGGCUGCAGCCAUGAAACCCCACCCUCACCACCUCCUCCCUGCUUUGUGAGGGGCCGCCAGAUGCACCUGCUGCCCCUCUUCCCUCCAUCAUGAAAAACCUCAAAGGCCUGUGAGGCUGCUCUUUAUACAGUAGCUACAGUAUCUAUUUUUGUAGACCUUCCCUAUUAACGCUUAGAUGUUCUAUGGUUUAUUGGCUCUUCUUUUCUUAAAGUCUGCUUUUUUUGUGCUUAGCAGAAAGAGAGUUUUGCUAAUCUCAUGCACCGUUUCAGUGACUUUUUCUGUUGUGUAAUGGUACAAAAUUGACCCGGCGGUCAUGGAACCAAGAGGAAAUCAUCUCUAAAAACAGAUCUUACGUCUGUAAUACGCCUAAUGGACUGAGUCAAAUCAUAGAACAACUCUGAAUAAGUGAGUGGGAUGUUGCUGCAUUUUAGGUUGUUUUUUCUGAACUGUCGCCAUGAUGUCUUGAAGACAGGAAUAUGCAAGCAGGUGUAACGAUCCUUUUCCUUUCCUAGAAACAUAUAUGACUGUUAACGUUCGCCCUGUCAGCGGUAUUCUUAAAGAGCUUUAUGAUAUACAGUAUGACAGUGAAAAUACCAUAUGAUCAAAUGGAAGCAAUGCAUCACAGUAUUGAUUGUCUUCUCUACUGUAUGCCCACAUUAUGAUCAGAAUGGCCAAGGAUGUCCCAAGGACAUGCGAUGCUGUUACAGCUACAGAACUGUACACUGUGAUAACCGGUGAGGCAGCUCGGGAGUUGAGACCAACUCCUCCGCUCUCCAGGACCAACUGAAGCUUUAGUCAUUGAAGCCUCUUUUUUUUAUUUUUGUGUGGGUGUUUUGCAUUUGGAUCCACGUUUUGGAUUCCAAAUUGACUGUGUGCGUCUGCAUAGUUUUGCAUGUGAUUUAAUUUUCCUUCUUUCCACUGCAGAACAAAGUUCAGCAGGUGUGUUAAAAAGGAAAAAGUGUGUGAGAAAAUUUCUGAGCAUCCUGUUUGUUUUAUUUUUUUUGUCCCGCAUCUCACAACUUAAGGAGCAGUUCAUGUCUGUGCUUUCCAAGAUAUCACAAUGUGCCUGAAUCUUUCUUAAAAUCUUUUCUUUAAACCACCAGAAUGAUAAUUUUUCCAAGCAAUCUUUGUUUUUGGCUUUGUCAGAUGUCUGCUGCAUGUAAGGCCAGAACUCCUCUGUGUUUCAGAUCAGCAUUGGAUACAGGCUUGACCUUUUCUAUCUCCCUUCCAGCCUCGAAACUCAAUACCUUCUCAUGUUUUUUUUCCCUUCUUCCCUAUGACCAGGAAUGUCAAUUCAUUAGCAUGAUGACCAUAAUGCACUGUGUUUUACAGCAGGAUGGAGCAAAUACAUUCCACUGACAGGUGGAGCGAUCGCAGAGCUGUCUAUGCACUUUGUCCUCUGUCGUGUCAGAGGGUAGAAUAGCCAUAUUUAAGGUCAGAGUAAUUCUCAGUGAUUCCCCCUCCGUCUUCACACACCAGCGAGAAACUAAACUGUGUUUGGCUCCGUGGAGAGAAUGUGCCUGGCUUGCAUUACAUGCCUACAGAUUAAAUAAAAGAACCUAGAGCUUGUGUUGCAAGGCUCGAUUAAAGGACCCUGCACCGUUUAAUUUGUGUAAUCUUGUCAAAGAUGAGGGAAAACUCUCAUAAUGGGUUACUUCCUGGUUUUGCAGAGGCAUUUCUUCACCUUGGAGUCUGAGUGUGCAGUUCAGUGUGUGUGACGACGAUGAGUGAGAAAUUCUCUCAAAAAAGGGCUUUGUUGUUGUUGUACCAACACUCUGAACUGAAGCUUGCCUUAUUUUUUUUUUCUUUAUUUAGAUCAGAUCAUUCCAAAACUAACCUCUUGCAUGUGAAAAUGUGGCAAUGACCUCGAAGAUACUUUCAACUGGAAUAAUUCAUUUUCCACAGUGGAUCCAGGUUGGGAAAAAAAUGCAUUUGUUACUGUAUAGGCAGACAAAAAAAAAAAAAACAGAAGUGCAGCGUGAGUGUGUCUGUGUGGAUUUGUAUGCAAGAGAGAGAGGUGGAGAACAAUUCCUUCAUAUUAAUGAUGUUGUAUUAUUUUAAAUCUAAAACUAUAAAUAUUGUACAUAUCAUUAAUUUCUAUAAUCCUGUACAUGUAAUGCAACCACCUUUCUUUUUGAAGGGAGUAUAAAUGUGUGGUACGUGUGUAAAUAAUGUUUUGCAUAGCACUUGUUGCCUUCCGUUGUAUGUCGAGGCUCAUUUCAGCGCUUAAAUACAUUGUCGAUAUGUAAUGAAAUCCAUUCUUGCCUGCAUAACUUUGUACAUUUUUUUUGUUUUUUUGCGCGUGUGUGUGUAAUUACAUCGUCUCCAUUUUAUUUUGCAUUUGUACAGAUGUUGAAAGUAUCACUGCAGUUACAUUACGGUAUGAAAAAUAAAGCACUUGUUCUGUAACAUACCAUUAACUUACACGA